AUUUUCAUUGUGUCGUUUUCAGAUGAGUUUCGUACAAUAUGAAAAGUGUUCGUAUGCUGUAAUAAUAAUCAAAUGAGAUGCGCUACAUCACUCUACAGCGAGCGAUGGUGCGGUCGCGGAGAGACAAGAUCUGGCGUUGGCGGUGUCAGUGGUGUUUCAUCAGCGUGGUCGCCGUUGCCCUGGUGUUAUACAACGCGGCCGCCAACAUAUGGCUGCUGCAUCCCUCGUGCGCCCAGAGCGGGCCCACCUCGCGCCCUGCGCCCACCGCGCCCACCGCGCACUCCCCGCCGCCCACCGAGCCACCCUGCGAGCCCUGCCUCGAGGCCGCGCCCAGCGCCGCCGCCGACGACGACCCCAUCGGCCGCCUCGACCUGCGCCUCGGUCGCUGGGACGGCUCGCGCUCCUACAGGCUCUUCGACUACGCCACCCUCGGGGACGUGUACGCCGAGGUGUCCGCCAGCAGGCGCGUGUGUCUCGCCACGCAGAGCUCCAUAGAGAGGCUGCACGAGCUGAUGAGGAUAGCGGCGCACUGGUCCGGACCGAUGUCCGUGGCGGUUUUCGUGGCCGGAGACGAACUGAGACUCCUCCGAGCGUUCGCGACGUGGCUCCUCCGAUGUCGGCCGGAGAUCUACGGGCGACUCGCGCUCCACGCGGCGACGCCCGCCGAGAGGCCGGGCACGCAGGGCGCCGCCCCCUCCUGGGCGAGGGACUGCGACGCGAAGCCGCUGCCGCCCGCGGAGCGCCGCGCGGACACGGUGGCGUGGCGGGCGCGACAUCCAUAUCCCCAGAACCACCUGAGAAACCUCGCGAGAAGGAACUGCCACACGCCCUACGUCUUCCUGGUGGACGUCGACAUCGUGCCCUCCAGGGGCAUGGCGGAGGCGCUAGAUGCGUUUCUGGCGAGGGCGCCCAAGUGUCCGCUGUGCGCCUACGUCGUGCCCACGUACGAACUGGACAAGAGAGUCGCAGAGUUUCCUGCGAAUAAGUCAGAAUUGCUGCGCCUGUCGAAGAACAAAUUGGCGAUACCUUUUCACAGGAAAGUGUUCAUUUACAACCAGUACGCUUCAAAUUUUUCUAGGUGGGAGGCGAGCGGAGGUAACGAGUCCUGUGAGACACACGUGAGCCACGAUGUGACCAACUUCGAGCUGCUGUACGAGCCGUUCUAUGUGGCGACGGAUGCUGUGCCGGCGCACGACGAGCGCUUCCUCGGCUACGGCUUCACCAGGAACACGCAGGUAUACGAGAUGUUUCUGAUCGGCUACCAGUUCCGCGUGCUGUCGCCGAUCUUCACGAUCCACUGGGGGCUGCAGGCGCGCCGCUCGCGCCCGCUGUGGCGGGAGAAGCAGAACGAGAAGAACAGGAAGCACUUCGAGACGUUCAAGCGGGAGUUGUUCGCGCGGUACAGGACGGACCCCCUGCACCUGCUGCGCCGCCCGCCGCAGAGGAAGGCCUAGGCCUCGCCGGGCCGCGCGCUCUCCGCCGGCCUCCACCGCCCUCUGCUGCUGCUACUGCCGCUGCUGGCACUCCACACGUGUCUGUCCUCUAUUUGGUGAUUCUUAAUACUU